UCAUCAAAUCCAUCAUCGAUUUGUUGUUGAGGGAAUUAAUAUCGAGUUUGAUGAACAAUAUCAUGAUGAACCAGACAAGCCUGUUGCUGAUGAAGCAUUUGAAUGGUCAUUUAAUAAAACAAACUGUGAUGAUUGGAAAAUUAGAAUGUAUCAAGAAAUUUUGGGUAUGAAAGAAAUUUUGAAAGAGCUUAUGAUGAAUUAUAUAUUUUUUCAUAGUGUUAAUACAGUAAUUGAACUUUCAAUAAAUUUAUAA